AUGGUCGUUCUCUUUGAGCAAUUCUGCGUGUCGCUGCCUACUAAGGGGAGCGGUGGGGUUUGUGUUCUUUUGCAGACCGUGCAAGAUGGCAGGCAGUUCAUGAAGUACAUUGAUCCGCAGCUGGGUGUUCCUUUGCCAGAAAGAGACUACGGGGGAAACUGCCUCAUUUACGACCCUGGCAAUGCAACGGAUCCGUUUCACAACGUCUGGGACAAGCUGGAUGGGUUUGUUCCUGCUCACUUUUUUGGCUGGUACCUGAAGACCCUGAUGAUCCGCGACUGGUGGAUGUGCAUGAUCAUCAGCGUGAUGUUUGAGUUCCUGGAGUACAGUCUGGAGCACCAGCUUCCGAACUUCAGCGAAUGCUGGUGGGAUCACUGGAUAAUGGAUGUGAUCUUAUGUAACGGACUCGGGAUUUACUGUGGGAUGAAGACUCUCUCUUGGCUUUCCUUGAAAACGUACAAAUGGCAAGGACUUUGGAACAUUCCUACGUACAAAGGUAAAAUGAAGAGGAUCGUCUUCCAGUUCACCCCGUACAGCUGGGUCAAAUUUGAGUGGAAGCCAGCGUCCAGCUUACGCAGAUGGCUGGCAGUCUGCGGGAUAAUCUUUGUGUUUUUAUUGGCAGAGCUGAACACGUUUUACUUGAAGUUUGUCCUUUGGAUGCCACCAGAACACUACUUGGUCCUGUUGCGACUUGUCUUUUUUGUCAACGUGGGCGGUGUGGCCAUGAGGGAGAUCUACGACUUCAUGGACGACCCGAAGUUCCAUAAGAAGCUGGGCCAGCAGGCGUGGCUGGUGGCUGCCAUCACGGCCACGGAGUUCCUGAUCGUCGUGAAGUACGACUACACGCUCACGCUGUCUCUUCCGUUCUACAUUACCCAGUGCUGGAUCCUGGGGAUUAUACUCGUGCUCACCUGGACGGCCUGGCGUUUCUUCAUCCGGUACGCGGGGCUGGGCGGGCUGUGGCCGGGCCUGGCCCGGGUCUGA